GGUAUGGACUCAUUCGCAGUUUGCGUUCCGGCAUUAUUACAAAGAAGAAGAAAAAGAUGCAGGGUACACAACAACGGAGAUAGCCGAAGUGGGGCUUUGUUAAAUUGCUUGUAUUAUUUUGCGUGGAAUCCAAACAACCACUUUCUAUUUCCAACCCUUUGAUUAUUGAGGGUUUUCUGCCUGUAGCGCUAGCUUCGUAGCUAGCAUCAACGGCCGGUUUAGCCCAGGAAGUAACUGCAACGGAAAAAAAAAUACAUAUUUGUGGUUUCCUCAGACCUUCUUUGUCUUUUCGAGGUGGGGGUGUUCAAACGCCUGAUAGGGGCAAUGGAGGUGGAUAAGGUCAAGACGAGAACAAAGAAGCUUUCCAGGUCCAGGAGGCGAAAACAAAGCAAGAGAAAAACAUAUCCUGAGAAAGAAAGAGAAAAUCCCUCUGAUUCUCCAUGGGACUCCGUUCCGUCCACGCACGAAACCCCCAGCAAGGCCACAAAGUUUGAAAACGGCUUUGACUCUCUCAGUCUCAUAAAAGAUGCAGUUGUAGUUUUGACCAAACUGCCUGAAUAUAAAAUCGGCGCUCUGCGACCCCCGACGCCUCCGCAGUUCUACAGUGAAGACGAAUCCUUCAGCAGCUCCGAUUCGGACACCCAGUGGGAAUCGGAGGAGGAUUCCAGCGAUUCGGACUUCUGGGUCAUAAACAGCAAACUCAAAUAUUCAAACUCCCCAAAUUGUGAGCUGAUAAGGAUGCCGACAACCAGUCACAACUGUAACGGUGUUUCCCUUUGCUCACGUGACAAGAUCCGGCCUGACUUACCCGAUGAAGAAAUUAACGUUGACAUGGUGGUCAUCGCCCGAAGAAGACCUAUGAGGUGGCAGCGCGGUAAAAUAGUGGAAAUAAUUACAAAAGACGAUGGGCGGUUAAAGUACAAAGUUAGUUUUGAAGAUAAGGGAACAUGUCUCGUAUCCGGACACCAUAUUGCUUUUGACAGCAGGCCGAAGGUGGAGCAGCUGUACAUCGGCGCCCGUGCGGUGGUCCGCUGUCAAAAUAACAAGUAUCGAUUCCGGCCAGGAAUACUGGCUGAGCUGCCCAGCAGGAAAAACCAGUUCAGGUUUUUGAUGUUCAUGGAUGACCACACACCAGUCUAUGUUGGGCUUCCUUUGUUUCACCUGGUGUGCCGACCAUUGGAGGAUGUUUUGGAUGACGUUCCAGAUGGAGCACACAAGUGCUUUAUGAGACAGUACCUCAAGGAUUGGCCGUACCCUCAUUUAAACAAGUACAGAGCCGGACAGAGCUUUAAUGUUGAGUUAAAUGGAGUCAUGCAGAUGUGUGAGGUUACUGCAAUCGACUGCAGCUUAAUGCAAGUUGUUUUUCAGGAGAAUCAGCGAAGGGAGUGGAUCUUCAGAGGCUCCAUUAGACUGGAGCACAUUGCCAGACUGUGGGAAGAGAGGAACAAGCAGGAGUCCAAGGAUGAAUCUGAGUCAGAUUAGUUGGUUCAGGUAUAUUUGAAAUAAAGUAGAAAUGUAUAAUGAACACAUAAAGCUGGGCAUACACUGUAUGAUUCUUCAGUCAUGCGAGAUUUGUUUGGAUCCGGCCGAGUUUCAUCUCCAUCGUGCAUCCUGCGUUGUGUUGUAUACGGGGGGUAACGAGGGGCGAUUAGCCUCUCACGACCACCUCCCGAUCCAAGCGUGUGGUUUUUGGACGUGGAGCAUGAGCAGUCAGGUCUCAUCAGAGCGUCGGGCCGUACGGUGUAAGAACACAUAUGUGAGCUGUGAACUUUUAAACCCUGCGGUUUGGUCAUACAGUUUAUUCUGUAUCUGAGUACGAUUGAAAACAUCGUACAAUGUAUGCCCGCCAUAAGUUGCUUCAGAGGGGGGCAUUUAUUUAUCUUUCAAUAUUAGGUCUGGGAAGUGAAAGUCCUGUGAAGGCCUAUUACUGCUUUAUUGUUUUUUAUUCUCCUGGCAACAUAAAUUGGCUUUUUGGAGGCCUGAACAUGUAUGUUCACCAAAUUUUGCAAAUCUGUCUGUUGUACGUAAAGAUCGCGUAUUUUAUAGGUUUGGCUAAAGUCGCACAAAAAUAGCUCCAUCAUGUGUCCCCUUGAAAUCUUCAAUAGCACUACUUUUGAUUUUUUUUUUUUUUUUUUACCUUUUUAUCUUCGAGGUAUGAAAUUUGGAAGACAGUUGUAAGACUUCCCAAGACCUAUACAAAAACGCUUAUACCCCUGCUCUACAACAAACAGAAGUCAGUGAUCUUAGUUUUUUUUUUUUUUUUUUUUUUUAACCCAGUUUUGGCUGUUUCAAGCCCCACUGCCUUUGAUCACUCUCCUCCUAGAGGUUUGGACCAAUCGGCUUGAGAUUUGGUCCAUUUGGUCAUAUGGCCUUGGGGAUCUAAAGUAAAGUAAAAUCCUGUAUUUUAAUGUAUGUUUAAAAAUCAUGAGUCUUUAUUGCCAUUACGCAACCAUAAUGACAUUUUGUGGAGACACCAGCCCAGAGUUCACAUGUAAUACACAGACACAAAUCAAAGACUGAUACACUCAACUUGAACAUUUCUAACAACAACAGUUCCCAAGAAGCUAAAAGUGUGCAAAUAGCCCUUGGCAUCUGGUACAAGUUGAAUAUUCAAGUCAAAUAACGACGGGUAGCGAGCAGCCACCCUACAGAAGGAUCCGUACAAACACUCCGCUUAAAAGUGUGCAAUUAGUCCACGUCUGGGCUAACCUUAGCCUAACUGAGCCCGACAGAAUGUAAUAGUGAGGCUCACUUACAGUACCGCCUAGUGGCGACGCACGGACUUGAGUCGCUCGCGCGCAACACGCCAGAGCAGCUCAAAGCUGCAAAUAGCGUUCAACGCUGCUCGCUUUAAUUUUCCCCUCCUUUUUUUUUUUUUUUUCUUCUUGUAGGAAUGUUAGAAAACAUUUCAAGUUGAAAUAAAAUGUUCUGCUGAAGGACUGAAGAGUAGCUACUCAAGUGAAUCCUUCCUUAUAUUCUUCAUGAUGAUAAAUGUAUUUUCCUUUGCCUAUUUCUUUUCUGUUAAUUAAACAUAUGUAAUUAACUGCAUUAAACUGAACUGUUAAACAGUC